AUGACCUUGAAGAAGGUCGAAACACACAAUUUUGUCACCUCUUUGUCCCACAAAACCGCCAUGUCAGAUCGAUCAAACAAAAAGCGUAUUCGACUGGCACCUCCUCUGAAACGCGAAAUUGCCGCAAUUCGUUUACCAGUACCCGACGGACAGAUAUUUGGCCUUACAUCUCAUGAAGCAAAUGCUGGAGGUUUGGGUACUCCACGGCGAGGAAAGCGAGGACUUGAUGGCAAGCAAAGAGUCAAGCAAAUGGAUUUGACGAGAAGGAAAGGGAAGGAUGCCGAAGCUUCUUCGCAGAACACAACCGCGGAUAUUGGGGAGACAGCGGUCUUGGACAUGCAACAAAUGGAUACCGCUGUUUUAGAGAUAAUGGACACAGCUGAAACAAUGGGUGAUGAUGAAUCAAGACGAAAGAAUAUGGAGCUGACCGAAGAACAACCUUCUCAUGCGAAUGCUCUGUCAAAUUCUGAGUGGCCCAACAUCAAUUCUGACUGUACCGAAGAGGCAUACUCUGCUUAUGUUGACGGCGUUUUUGAUGAUGAACUCCCCUUUUACCCUCUCACUCCGACAAUAUUUGUGGUUGCUGGGUGGAGCGAGCGAACAUUGAUGUGUAAUACUCACUGGUACCACUUACAAGUAACGGGAAUCGGUGAUGAGCUGGUGGUCGUUUGUAUGUGUCCCGUAGCAAAGGCCAAAAUCGACGGUGUAGGCUUGGACUGCGUUCACACGCAUUUCAUCUUGGAAUUCAUUGAUGUCAAGUUUCCUCCUGAGGGGGAUGUUGAUCCUGUUUAUAAUGACCACGAAGUUAUCUUGUACUCAAGGCACAAACAGAAUAACUCACCCAACUUGGAGUGGGUCAAUUAUUUUAGUGUUCCAUCAAGUGACAAAAAUCAGACGUCACUGAAAUCCCGCGCAAUCGUCCAAUACGUUGGGAAUGAUGAUGGGAAUGGGGAUUGGUGGUGUAGCAGAGAUUCCGGUCAGCAAUGUGCCCACACGGCUGCAUGUUAUUCUUUGCUAACGCUUGGCGAUGGAACUGGCCAUGGGAAGAUACGGAACAUUGCCAAACGACCACGACGCAGAGAUCGCAGAGAAAAUUCCGUAUCAUACCUACCAAUCCCACCACCAAUAUGGGCCAGAAUCUCUACAGACCCUGAGUUUCCAGCAAUGGGACCUCCGUUGGACUCGCAAGGCAUUCCGGUGGCUAUUUCCCUGAUUCUUGGAGCGACGUGCUGUUGUUCCUCUCCCCGGCCAACAAUCGAUGAGGCUCGAGCAACAAAGAUGCAAUCAUGCGUUGUCUACACAUCUAACGGAGCGACCGAGACAAUGGUCGAGGUACAACAAUGCAGGGUCUGCUCCCGGAGGCAGAUCGGUCCCGACUGCCGAGAUCUCGGCAUUUUUAACUACAACAACAAAGUUCUGUUCACCCACGCCCUCCUGAACGACUUCACGAACAAUUAUACCAUCUCUGAAACCCCAAUUACAGCAUGGGUAACCUCAAGACGACGCCACUACCAGGUCAUGCAGUCUCUCCUGCCGUUUGCAAGUGUAGAGAUGUUCUCGCUUGCUUGGUUUUCCUUUGUUAAGCUCCAGGAAUUUAUUGGAGACAUGCGAUGCCCUGUCUGCGGCCCAACACCUGAAGACACUAUUUGGGACGGCGUGACACUCGCAUACGGAGAGAAACAUCUGCUCCCAUCCCUUUCACCUCCAACUACAGUCUCUGACAGUGCUCCACAAAAGGACAGUCGGUAUAUCGCUACUCAACAAGCCAUUCCCGGUCGUACCUUACGGGACACAAUUCGGAAAAUCUGUCACCAAAGCGUUAAAGGUCUUCUUUCACAGACCAUCAAUAAAUUUUCGAUAGAGGGACUCGAUAGCGAAGACGAUGACAAUGAUAUGAGCGAGAUGGAGAACAAGCGGCUGCAGAAGCUCCAGAAACAAGUAGCGAAAAAGAUAGAGGAUUUUAAUGAGUGGUUGGCCACUAUUCCAUUGAUUCUUGAUGGCUUGUCAAAUGUUUCUUCAGGCUUGAAAGACUUGUUUCAGACGGAGUUUGGAGUCUUCACGCUCAGGGAAGGCAUUGAACCAGAUAUUGCAUAUCGAAGACUAUUUCUCAAUUUGGCGGCAGAGGAGUCGGUCCUACAAAUGGCCAACCGGUUGGCCUUGCAGGAUCUUCUGAUUUUCAUUGAAGAUCCAACAAUAAAAAAUGCGUCAGCCUUGACACGCAUCCCUGCUCUGUGCGCCGCCUUGCUUCACAAAUUUACGACCUUAAAAUCUGCGUCGAGUGCUUUGCUAACCAUCUGUGGAUGGCUAUACAAUCGAGGAAGGGACGUGUUUAUGAGCCUUGUAAAACACAAUGGUCAGGUUCCAACCGUGGAUUUGGAAUUGGUUUUUCCUGAAGAUGAAUGGAUUGAAACCGGCUGCCAUUACAGUCUCCCGCAGAUCCGACAAUGCCCAUCAUACCCAUCCCUGCAUCAUGAUCUGCGGGGCGACAACGGAAAGCGAGGCACAAAAUGUUCCAAAUACUGGUCACUCUAUGGAAAGCAAAAUCUAACAGGCGGACUUAUGUGUGUUUGGUGCACUCAUAGCAUCUGUUAUGGGUUUCACUGCAUCCCAAAUGGUGAAGGUCGCAAUGAUGUAUUUUCUCCCAUCAUCACGCGCUGGGUGAAAGCACCAAAGCGAAUCAUUUACGACUUUGCCUGUGCCCUUGGGCCUUACUGCAUGACACGUGAACCCCUUUUUUUUGCAGAUACACUUUUCGCCGUUGAUGACUUCCAUGCAAAAGAUCACACGAAGUGUUCAUCAGCAGCCUUCCUCAGCUCAUACUGCAAUGUGGACCCUCGCUUGAAGAAGGUCAAUUCAAGUGCAGCAGAGUGUGGUAAUAGCGGCAUCAAGAGAAUACGCAAAUCGGUGAGGUAUAUGAGCCAAGAUCGUGCUAUAAUUUUUACGAAGGUAUUCCUUUCGAUCUGGAACAGACUGCGGAUCCAAGGGCUAGAGCAUGCAGCAGGCAAAAAUAUGGGAGGAAAAGUAUAA